AGCUCGCCAUCUUCUUCUUCUUCUCCGUGGGCUCCAGAUCCAAAUUUUCGCGUCCGGCGAUGAAGGCGCCCGAGAGCCCGGACCGCCUCUCGUGGUCGUCCGGCAUGCCCAGCAUCACCAACUCGCUCACGGCGUGGACGAUGCCCGUCUACGAGAUGGACGGCGACUCGACGUUCGGCGAAACUUCGUCCGGUGGCUUUACGCUCGAGAUCGAGUCACCGCGCCCGAGCCGGGCGCGCUGCUGGCUCGUUACAUGCCUUUGUGCCUGGCUCGUCGUGUGCGGCGGCGCCUCCAUUGCGCUCGUCGUCACGCUGCAGCGCACGCCGUCUGCAUCUGCAGCGCCAACGCCAGCCACCACUAAUGGCGCGACGACGACCAUUCUUUUCGUCCUAAACCAAUGCCAGGACGCCAUCGACAUCUACUACAGCCUGGACGCGAGGGACGACCGUGCCGUGGUCAACGGCAAGGCGAGAAUCACGCUCUCUGGCGAGAGCCCGGCCAACGUCUCGGUGCGUCUUGGUGCGUCGACGAAUGCGACACGGUUCGUGUGGCAGCGUCGCGAGGCGCCGCUCGCGAGCUACAGCAUCACAACGAUCGACGGGUUCAAUUCCGCCAUGUCGGUCAAGCCCAGCAGCGAGCCGGGCGCAUGCGCUGCAGUGACGUGUCUGGCACCGCUGUGCUCGACCACCGCCGUCUCUUGCCUGUCGACGACGUCUCUCGAGAUCACCUUCUGUCCCGUCGUCUCGGCAUAGCGUGCCUUAGUAUUUAGUCUAAUAAUUUAGUUUUUCGCCAUGGA